CGGCCCGGCCCUGGCCCCCAGGUGUCCGCGGCUGCGGCCGGCCUUCCGCGAAGAGGGGGCGGCGGCGCGGCCGGGUCGUGCCCGGCCGGGUGGGGGGCGCGCAGGCUAGGAGCGGGGGGAGGGGUUGGCAACGUGGGCGAACCUGCCCCAGGGAAAUGAAGUAAGUUCCCGUCUCCUGGGAGGGGACGGGGGAGGGCGGAUCCGCCCGCGUCUGACUCAAGCCGGGAGAGGAAUAUCCCCUCGCUCGCAGCGGCCCGGCCGUCUUCCUCCUCCCCCGCCUGGCCCGCGGCGAGCAGCCGGCGCGCAGCGGCGGGGAGUCGCCCGGCCCCCGGCCCGGGGUUUCUUUCCGUCCCGCGUCCCUGCCCCCACCGCUCGGCGCUGCGUCCAGGAAUUGCCCGCCUUGGGGAGGAACCGAGGGCGGGGCGGAUGUCACCCCAUGGGAAGCUGGCGAGCGGCCAGGCGCGGGGGCAGCCGAGGCCGCCGCCGAGCACGCCGCGCGCACCUGACCCGCGAGGGUGUGAGCCGCGCGCCCCUGGCUGCCCGGGAGCCCCGCUCGGGGCCACGGCCCGCGGGCGCGCACCCCCUGCCCCCGGGGGCCCGCGCCCUGCUGGCCGAGCGCGGAAGGGCCCCCGGCGCGGUGCCCGCCUGCCCUCCCUCCGCGCGCCCCGGUCGCCUCCCUGCCGGCUGUGGCGUUAUACAACCGCGGCGGCGGCGGCCCUGGCGCUUCACGUGGCUCAGCGACGACCGCGCCCUGCGCUGGGUCGGGGACCGGGCCGGGACGCGGCGUCCGGGCGCCAGGAGCCUCGCGCAGCCCCCCGGCCCUCGCCGGGAGGUCCCAGCGGCCACUUGGGGAACGCGGCUGCGUGGAGUCCGCUGCCCUGGGCCACGGUCGUGCGGGUGCCCGGAGACGCGUGCGGAGCUUACACCCAAACCCUGCCCUUGACUGUACGGGCACCUGCGGGAAGGGGCCAGGCGGGCGCGCGAGGAGGAAGUUACCUCGGGACCACCCGGGGAGAGGAAAGAGAAAGUCAAGAAGUUAUUUCUGUGUUUUUGUUUCAUAUUUUUAAUGCCGGCCAAGUUGCCUGGGAGGAGGAAGCGGCGUGGGCGUGGGGGAGCCGAGCGGCCCCUGGAGCGCGGGGCGGAAAGACCCGCAGCUGCAGUGCGGGGCGCGCAGAGCCGGGGGCGGCCGGCGGAAAUUCGUGGCUGCCCGGCGCCGGCGGGGGCGUCCGAGCGGCCUCUGCGCCGCCCCGCGCCGCACGUGGACAGGCGACUGCGCCACUGCCACCCUCGGCAGUCGCAGAGCGGCGCCCCGGGGUCGCCGGCGGCGCGGCCCUGGACAACCUGAAGAGCCGGAUGCGUGCGCUGGCUCCGCUGGAGGCGUCCUGCGCUUCCUCCGGGCGGCCCCUGGGGGCUCGCGCUGCCCUGGCCCUGGCGUCCAGCUGGCCAGCGCGUGUGAGAAACGCCUGCUCCCUCCUCCUCUUCCUCCCUCCCCCACCCCCGGCCAAAUGUGGCUGAGGGAGCGGGGCAGGCUGGAGCCCCGGGUGCGCGCUCUAGCGUGGCCACUCCGUGCUGCGUGGGAGCCGCGGUCCACCGGGAAAAGCCGCGCCCCGCGCCCGCCGCCGGCUGGUCGCGGUUGCGCCACGUUUUACCCUCACCUGGGCUACAGGUGCGAGCACCAGGACGCACAUGCGCACUCCUCCUGGCUUCCAAGUGUGCUCGCCAGCUGCAGGACUGCCCCAUCCUGCCCAGAUUCUACCGUGUCCGUGUUAGGAGAGCCUGCUCUGCGCACAGCUCACGGCUGCUUUCAGAAUCAACCCAGAAGAGUCCCUGCGCCGUGGGGCCGCGUCCCGCUGGCCGCUUCUGUGGUCAGCUGUUGGGUGCUGACUUUGGACUGGCUGUCAGAGGGGAGCUGAGAACUCCGUGUGUGGCUGUUCGCUUACUGCUCCGCCGCUCUUGACGGAAGGCGCUAGCAUGAGCUCCAUUUACCAGAUCUGGGUCCUGGAGGGGGCAUUACGCACCCUCCCCGGGAAAUCGCUGCCUAGGGAGUUACGUAAUCUGCCCCGGCUGCAGUACUGUGGGACGAGAUAUGGGGCAAAGCCCCACGAUCGCUGGACUCCAAACCUGGUUCUCCUGAACCCUUUCUGUGGGUGCCUGGUGGAGUUGUAUGGGUCCUGCACGGCUCAGCUCCUGGGGGCGCCCUUGGCUUUGCAGCCUCUGUGAGAGCGCCCCCUGGAGGUGUGCAGUGCAACCCUGCGCGCUGCGCUGGGUGGGCAUUGCCGCCCUGUUGUAGCCAUCUGCUCUGGGUUGUCUUCUCAGCUUGGAGAUAAAGUCGUUUGGCUCAAAGAAGGGUGGGUUUUACUUUUCCUGGAGGGGCUCUUGCGAGGCCGAUGCUGUGUGUGGGGAAGGGUGCGCUACGGGAGGUGCGGCCGGAAGUGCCACUGCUUGCUCAGGGAUCUCUGUUUCCCUUUUAUGGAAUCGCAAACAUUGUAAUCACAGCUCACAGUGAGGAGUACAGUUUACAGUGUGACAACACACGCACUAAGAACAGUGGAGCGCCAGGUGGCUGAGGCGUGGCCCCACCACUGCCCUCUCUCUCCUAUGCUCCAGAGGAAUCUCUGCUAGCUUUACAGCCAAGUCGGACUGCGGGGGAGAAGGCGGUCCAGAGCUCUCCAGGCAAACAUUUCUCAAACCAGUGCUUCCCCUUGGUGCGUGCGUCCCGACCUUCAGGUUGGAAGGACGGUUCUCUGGUCCUGACUGGCUUCACAACACAGCAGUAGGUCCUGAGCCACCCCACACCAGGAAUGGAGUUGGAGUUUGGGCUUGCCCCCCAGCAUUGAAGCCCCUCAAAUCGGCGAGGAAAGCGUGCAUGGAGCCCACUGGGCCUGCCGGGUCGGUGGCUGUGUGAAGGCUGUGCGACUGCGUGCCCUUUGUUCCACACGUAGAGGCAUCCUCUUCUUUGCUUCUUAGAAAUGAUAGCUGUGCCUCCUUGUUCUACAGAGAGAAACACCCAGACCUGAAAUGUUUGGUUUCUGAGUGUAGCCCCUAAUCCAAAACAAGGUACAGAAAUAAAUAUGUGAAUAGUUUCAUAUCCAUCUACAAACAUACAUCAGCAGCACAACAAAACAACAAACUCCUUCUCCUAAACAAAGCUUCAGGUGCAGGUGGCUUCCCCAUUUAAGGCACAACCAGAACCAGUCCUGCACAGCCUCCCUCAGAAAACUAGGAAUUCCCACCAUUUUAUUACCCCAGAAAGUUCCAUCACGCUCCUCGCAAUCAAGCCCUUGUGCCCACUUUCUGAUUGCUCACCGUGGAGUAUUGCCCGUUACUGGGUUUUCCUGUCUUCUGAGUAAAAUUUCUGUCACUUCGUUUGCUUUUGAGGUCCUGCCCUUUGCUUGUAGAAGGCGUUUGUUCUUUGUAAAUUGCUGAGUGUACACACACACACACAUACACAACACUAUCUAGUCCAUUGUUACAGCAGACGGGUGCUGUCCAGCUGGGUUGUUAGGAAUGCAUCUGCUGAUUACUUCCGAGUACAGAUCUUUUUUGUGAAUGCAUGUUUUCAUUUCUCUCGGAUAAAUAUUAGCAGUGGAAUUCUUGGGUCAGGGGUUGAACAUAUGUUUGACAUAUAUAUAUAUAUGGCCAAGCACAUCUCGGAGAGGUGUGACCACUCUACAGCACCGCCAGCAGUGAAUGAGAAUUCUUUUCUGCAUACCCUCACCAGCCCUUAGUGUAGACAGAUCUAAAAAAGACUUUAGCCAUCCUGAUGAGUGAAGUGAUCUGGGACAAGAUCAUUUUAAUUUGCAUUUCCCUGGUGAUGAGGGAAUUUGGCCCCUUUUCUUGUGUUAUUUGGCCAGUGGUAUGUCUUUUUGUGAAGUAGUUGUCAGAUGUUUUUACUUAGUUUUUAAAUUGGAUUAGUUGCCUCUUUUAUUUAUAGAAAUAUAACCCAAUUUUGUUUACUGACUUCAUCUCCUGCAGCCUUGUUUUUUUUUUUUUUUUAAGAUUUUAUUUAUUUAUUUGACAAAGUUAUAUAGAGAGGGAGAGACAAAAAGGUCUCCUCACUCCCCAAAUAGCCACAACAGCCAGGAGCCAGGAGUUUCCUCCAGGUCUCCCAUGUGGGUGCAGGGGUCCAAGGACUUGGGCCAUCUUCUCCUGCUUUCCUAGGCCAUAAGCAGAGAGCUGGAUCAGAAGGGGAGCAGCUGGGACUUGAACUGACGCCCAUAUGUGAUGCCAGCACCACACGCAGAGGCCUAGCCCACUACGCCACAGCACCAGCCCCAGCCUUGUCAUUUUAUUGUUGAGUUUUUGGAGUUACUUACCCGUUCCAGUUAGAAGUCCUUUGUCAGAAAUAAGAUUUUGUGAAUGAUGUCUUUUUUUUUUUUCAUUUGACAGGUAGAGUUAUAGACAGUGAGAGAGAGAGAGAGAGAAGAAUGAUGUCUUUCAAUGAGUAGCAUUUUUUAAUUGGGAUAAAGUCUGAUCUGUCAGUAGUUUCUUUUGUGGUUUGUAUGUGUGUGUCUUUUUCAAAAAGAAGUUUGCAUGACUGAAGUCAUAAAAGAUAUUUUCUUGAGUUUUCCCCUAAUCACUUGAUACAUAUGACUCUAGUGUUUAGGCCUAGGAUCUGCUUUAAAAUUUGUUUAGAGAGUGAAAGAAGAUUUUAGACCCUGUUUUUUGUCCAGGCAAUAAUGCCUUCCCGGUGUAACCGACUUCAGCCAUUUCUCGUGGCUCUGUUUAUUGGCUUCCUAUCUUGUCCAAAGAUGUGUCUGUCCAGUGCCACCAUGAUUUCACUUUCUUGACUAUUGGAGCUUUAUAGAGCUAUUGAAAUUGGCUGAUCUAACUCUUCCAACUUUGUUCUUUUUAAAGCUUGGAUUGGCUUUUUUUUUGGGUCCUUUGUAUUACCUUAUAAAUUUUAGAUUCAGCUUUUUUCUUUACUCGGAUUUGUUUGUUAGCAUUUUCAUAGAGAUCACAUUGAAUCUGCAGAUCAGUUUAGGAAAAGUGGAGACUUCAACAACAGUACCUCUUUCUGUCUAUGAAUGUGGGACAUUUUUCUGCUUAUUUAGGUUUUCUUCAUUCCAUUGAGCGGAUUUGAUUUAUUUGGGGAGACUAUAUACAUAUUUUGUUAGAUUUAUUCCUAGCUAUUUGAUUUUUGAUGCCACUAUAAUUUUUUCAUUAUUAAUUGUUGAUAUUGAGUAUAUGCAGAACGUAAUGAAUUAAAAUUUUAUUUUUCUUUUCAUUUCCUUGGCAAAGCAGAGACAGUCAGAGAGAGAGAGAGAGAGAGAGAGAGAGAAAUCUUGAAUCUGCUGGUUCUCCAAAUGUUCACAACAGCCUGGGCAUGCUGUUGCCUGCUGAAGUCAAGAGCCUAGAAAUCAAUAGGAAAUAGGAGUCUGCCACAUGGAUGGUAGGGACUGAAGCACUUGAGCCAUCAUCUGCUGCCUCCCAGGGUGCAGGUUAGCAGGAAGCUGGAAGAGAAGUGACAUAGUCAGCUCUCCAGCUGUGCACCCCAGGUGGAAUGUGGCAUCCCCAGCAGGGACUUAGCCGCUCAGUCACACACCCGCCUCUGCGGUUGAUUGCUGUAUGGUGCUCUAGUAUCUGCAACCUUGCUAAUUCAUUUACUGAGUCAAAUGGUGUUUUUGAUACAGUUCUUUUCAUGCACAAAGACAUUGCCUGUGAAUAAUGACAGCUUUCCUUCUUUCCUGAUCUUGAAGUUUUUUAUUUACCAUUUCUUCCUUUUUCUCAAAAAAAGAUUUAUUUAUUUACUUGAAAGAGUUACGGAGAGAGGGAGAGGCAGAGAGAUCGUGCAUUGGCCAGUUUACUCUCAAAUGGCCAGAACUGCCUGGGUUGGACCAGGCUGAAGCCAGGAGCCAAGAGCUUCUUUCAGGUCUGCCAUGUGGGUGGCAGGGGCCCAACACUCGGGCCAUCUUCUGCUGCUUUGCCGGGUGCAUUAGUGGGGAGCUAGUUCAGAAGUGGAGCAGCUGGGACACGAAUGGGUGGCCAUAUGGGAUACCAGUGUUGCAGGUGCGAUCUUACCCACCACGCCACAGCACCAGCCCUUUAUUUACCUUUCCUUGCGUUAGUACUGAGGCUAGGACCUCUAGGGUAGUGUUCAAUAGAAAUCCCAAGAGCCGUGGGCCAGUGUUGCAGCACAGGAGACCACCCCACCACUUGUGGUGCUGGCAUCCCAUGUGGUCCUGGCUGCUCAGCUUCCCACAAGCUUCCUGCUAAUGUGCCUGGGAAGGCAGAGGCUGCUGGCCUGUGGGCUCAAAACCCCUGCCAGGGUUUUUGAGUACUUUAUUAUACAUAACGAUAGGGAAGGUUUAAAAUAAAAAAUACUGUCUUCACAGACAAACUAGAAAAAGGAGAGCAAAUUAAAUACAAAAUAAGUAGCAGAAAGGGAAUAAGUGAGAGUCAACAAUAACUAAUAACAAUAACUAAGUCAACUAAUAACUAAUAUCUAUGUGGGAGACCAGGAUGGAGUUCUUGGCUCCUGGCUUGGACCAUGUGGACAACGAUCCAGCAGCUGGUUCUCUCUCUCUCUCUUUCUUCCCUCCUCCUCUUGCUCUCUCGGAUGCUCUCCUUUUCAAAUAAAUAAAUCUUAAAAAAAGGGGGUGGGGGGUUGUUAUCUUUGCCUUCUCAAUGUUUAAUCAGCGAAGCGUUCAGUUUUGUCAAUAAAUAGGAAAUCACAUUCAUCUUUUUCCAUCCGGUCUGAGGAAGUUUCCUAUGCUACUUUGCUGAGAAAUUUGUCAUGAAAGGAUGUUGAAUUUGUCAAAUGCUGUGUUGCUACCUUCAAGGAGACAGUUCUAUGAGUCCUCUCUUUUGUUCUGUUAAUAUGGAUUGCAUUUUCGUAGUGUUAAGCUCACCUCGAAUUUGUGAGACAAGCGUGUCUUGAUCAUAAUGUGGUCUCCUUCUUUUUACUGCUGUGUUUUAUUUGCUGCCAGCUGUUCAGGAUUUUCGUGCCUAUGACUAAGAAGGUAUACCUGUGCAGUGUUUCUUUUCUCAUAAUCCUUGACAGGUUUUAGCAUGAGGGUAAUGCUGGCCUCACACGGGAGCUGGGAAGUGUCCCGGAGUUCUGAGGGGGACUGGACAGGAGUGUUUCUUUCUCUUCCUUGCAUUGAGAAGAUACUUGUACCUCAAAUUUUCCCAGGGGAAGGAUUUUUUACUGUAAAUGUAUUCUUAUUAAUGGAUAUCAAGAUGGUUACUUUUUUUUGUUCUUUUGUCACUUGGUGUUUUUCAGGAAAUUUGUCUAUUUCAUUUAAAUUUGUCGCUAUAUUGGUGUAAAGUUCUGAAUAUCUGUACAGUCUUUAGUGGUAGACAUGUUUUCAGUUUUUAUAAUUUUUGUUAAUCUGCAUUUUUAUGUUUUCCUUCAUCAUCUUGAUACAGCAUUUUGUCAGUUUUUAUUGAUCUUUACGAAGAUCCAAAGUUUGAUUUUCUCUGUUAUUGGUUCAUCUUACAGUUUGUUGACUUUCUCUUAUUCCCUUUUUGCUACUUAUUUUGUAUUUAAUUUGCUCUCCUUUUUCUAGUUUGUCUGUGAAGACAGUAUUUUUUAUUUUAAACCUUCCCUAUUGUUACGUAUGAUAAAGUACUUAAAACUAAAACCUUUCUUUUAAGCACUACUUUCAUAGAAUCCUAGACCAUUCGCUUUUCUCAUCAUUCAGACUGAAAUGUGUUCUAACAUUCUUCAUGAUUUUUGACUCAUGGAUUAUUUAGAAGGGUGUUGUUUAAUCUGCAAACAUUUGUGAAUUUUUCUGGUACGUUUUUCUUUUCAUUCUGAAAUAAUUAUAAAGCCAUAAAAAGCUAUAAAAAUAAUACAGAGAAAUUCCAUCUAUCCUGUGCCCACUUUUUCCUGGUUUAACAUCUUCUGUAACUGGAAUGUACUCUUUUUUUUUUUUUUUUGACAGGCAGAGUGGAGGACAGUGAGAGAGAGAAAGGUCUUCCUUUGCCGUUGGUUCACCCUCCAAUGGCCGCCGCGGCUGGCGCACCGCGCUGAUCCGAAGCCAGGAGCCAGGUGCUUAUCCUGGUCUCCCAUGGGGUGCAGGGCCAAGCACUUGGGCCAUCCUCCCCUGCACUCCCGGGCCACAGCAGAGAGCUGGCCUGGAAGAGGGGCAACCGGGACAGAAUCCGGCGCCCCGACCGGGACUAGAACCCGGUGUGCCGGCGCCGCAAGGCGGAGGAUUAGCCUAGUGAGCCGCGGUGCCGGCCUGGAACGUACUCUUGAAGCCAGGAAAUCAGUCUUGGUACAAUCCAGAGGCUCACGUUCCACUGACUCUGUUCGUGUGUGUGUGUGUGUGUGUGUGUGUGUGUGUGUGUGUGUGUGUGGUUCUGUGCUGUCUUACCACUGUGAAAUUCAUGUAACCACCGCCAUAAUCAAGAUGCAAAAUUUUUCUACUGCAACACAAUUCCCUGUUGCUGUCCCUGCACAUCACCCGCGUCCCCUCCCCCUCUCCAGUCCCUAGCCCCUCCCUGGUGACCCCUCAUUUCCAUCUGUGUGAUUUUAUCACCUUAACGAUUUCCAUCAGUGGAAUCAUACAGUUUGCAGCCUUCUGAGAUUGACUUUUUAUUAAAAUUCUUUAAUUAAUUUUACUUUUUUGAAAGGCAGAGAAAUCUCCCAACCACUGGUUCAUUCCCCGAAUGCCUUCAACUGCCAAGGCUAAGCCAUGCUAAAACCAUCAUUCAAUUCGUGUGGAGUCGGGAUCCAGAGCCGGUACUGAGACCAGGCACUCUGGCGUGGUGAUGUGGGUGACGCACACAGAGCUUUAUCCCUGUGCCAAACCCAGCGCCUCGCUGUUAACUCAACAGAAUUCUUUUGCGAUCCAUUCACGUGGUUUUGCGUAUCAGCAGCAGGUUUUCAUUGUGGAGCAGUACUCCCUGCAUGUAUGUCCUGCUGCUGUCUUACCUGGUCACCUGCUGGAGCACAUUUGAGCUAUUCCAGUCUGGGGCUAUUAGAAAUAAAACCGCUGUGAACACUUGUGUGGGAACUUUUGUGUGGAUAUGCCCAGGAGUACAGCCGUUGAGUCCUGUGUUAAGAUAUGUGUCCUUCUGUAAGAUACAAGCUAUUUUGCAGAAUUAGCUGUACCCUUUUACGUGACCAUCAUGUGUACGAGUGAUCCAGUCUCUGAGCAUCCCUGCCAGACUUGGUAUUGUUCUUAUGUUUUUUAAAGAUUUAUUUAUUUAUUUGAAAGUCAGAGUUACACAGAGAGAGGAGAGGCAGAGAGAGAGAGAGAGAGAGAGAGAGAGAGAGGUCUUCCAUCCGAUGGUUCACGCCCCAGUUGGCUCCAACGGCCGGAGCUGUGCUGAUCUGAAGCCAGGAGCCAGGAGCCAGGAGCCAGGAGCUUCUUCUGGGUCUCCCACGUGGGUGCAGGGGCCCAAGGACUUGGCCAUCUUCUACUGCUUUUCCAGGCCAUAGCAGAGAGCUGGAUUGGAAGAGGAACAGCCGGGACUGGAACCGGCGCCCAUAUGGGAUGCAGGUGCUUCAGGCCAGGGUGUCAAUCCACUGAGCCACAGCGCUGGCCCCUCUUAUUUUUAAUCUCAACUGUUCAAAUGGGUAUGACAGUGUCUUGUCAGGUAUUGUUGAUUCUAAUUAAUAACUGUUUGGUUACAAGAUGCACCAUGUUGGGUUUCGGUUGUUAGACAUUUGUUAGAACUCCUUUCAUGGUCCAGUGUGGUGUGUGGUUGAUUUUGAUGAAUGUUCCAUGCAGGUGUGAAAAUCAGUUUUAUGAAACCAGGAGUUAAAUCAGGAGUUGAGUUAGUUGACAGUGUUGUUUCAACACAACAUGGCUCUGCUGGUAUGUCUUCUUACUCAUCCUGCCUGUUGCUGAGACAAGAGUGUUCAGCUCUCUCCAGGUAUGAAUGUGGAUUUGUCUAUUUCUCUCAACUUUGCUUUGUUCAUUUGCUUCAUCCACUCUUAGUUGCUACACAUUUAGGAUCAAUAAACUUCAUUGUUUUUUUCUUUUGUCAUUUUUGUAUUCUGUAAUAUACUAAUCCUGAAGUCUGCUUUGAUGUUAAUAAAACCAUAGCUGCUUUUUAAAAAUAUUUAUUUGAAAGUCAGAGUUAUACAGAGAGAGGAGAGGCAGAGAGAGAGAGAGAGAGAGAGAGAGAGAGAGAGUGUCUUCCAUCCGAUGGUUCAUUCCCCAAUUGGCCGCAACGGCUGGAGCUGGGCCAAUCCGAAACCAGGAGCCAGGAGCGUCUUCCAGGUCUCCCAUGUGGGUGCAGGGGCCCAAGCACUUAGGCCAUCUUCUGCUGCUAUCCCAGGCCAUAGCAGAGAGCUGGAUCAGAAGUGGAGCAGCUGGGUCUCGAACCGGCGCGCAUAUGGGAUGCUGGCGCUUCAGGCCAGGGCGUUAACCCGCUGUGCCUGUUGACCCUGUAGCUGCUUUUCUUGUAGCUAGUGUUUGUGGGGUUUAUUUUUUUCUACCCUUGUUCUUUCGACCUGUGUCUUUAUAACUGAAUUUUGCGUUUGUAAAGAGCACAUUUUUUGAAUCUUGCUUUUUAACAAUCUGACAAUCCCUCUGUUUUAAUUGGAGGGUAUGACAUUUUUAUAUCUGAUAGAAUUACUAAUAGAGGCUUAAUUCUCCCACGUGAUAUUUAUGCUCCACUCAUCCCAGUUAUUCUUUCUCUCUGCUCUCACUUUCCUGCCCAUUUUGGGUGUGUGACAUUUUGUAAUCAUUCCAGUUACCACCCCACACCCCCUUUUCAGCUGCCCUUCCUUGUGGUCUGUUUGUAGUGGCUGUUCUAGAACUCUUCUUACGCUGCUGUGGGCAGGAGACACUGGUCACUACCUCACCGGUGUGUGGGCCACACCUGGGGCCUUUGAGGCAGCAGGCGUGUGGCGGAGCUAGAGGUGAGCCAUCAGACGACACUGGUGACACGCACCAGGGCGCCGCGCUUUGCAGUGAUGAUCUGUGUCUUCACACGGUCUGCCUUCAAACCACACACUGAGAGUAUUGCAGAGCCUUGCAGGGCGCGUGAGCCCUCUUGCCACGGCGAUUCUGUUCCCUUUUGGUUUUCUUAUCUGACAUUUUACUUUUUAGUUCUAGGUGUUAUAAGCCUCACAAUGUGUUGGGGUUUUUGCUUUGGACGGGCAGUAGGCUUUAUGUAUUUGUGUAAAAUUAGCCCGCUGUCAGAUGCUCGGUUUCUGCUGCUGAGGCCGCUACUAAUGAUUUUAUUUUUGCUAUUUUUUCUUUUCUAGCAUUUCCACGUGAUUCUUUCAUCUUGUUGCCACCACUUCGUUGAAAUGCUCCAUCUCUUCAUGGGUCCUUUAACGUUUGUCUAUCAUAGGCAGAGUGGACAGUGCAAGAGAGAGACAGAGAGAAAGGUCUUCCUUUGCUGUUGGUUCACCCUCCAAUGGCCGCCACGGCCGGCGCACUGCGGCCGGCGCACCGCGCUGAUCCGAUGGCCGGAGUGCUGAUCCGAUGGCAGGAGCCAGGUACUUCUCCUGGUCUCCCAUGGGGUGCAGGGCCCAAGCACUUGGGCCAUCCUCCACUGCACUCCCGGGCCACAGCAGAGAGCUGGCCUGGAAGAGGGGAAACCGGGUCUGCCUUGUUUUAACAGUGUGGCCUCCAGCUCCGGCCCCGGGGCCGCAGACUUCCAGCUGCACCACACGCUCUUCCCGGUGGGCACGCUGUGGACGCCGCCGAGGCGUCGGCCCAAAGUCACCGGAGCCGGCCGUGGGAGCCCCGGUCAGACUGCACGCGUGUAGCCCGGCGAGCCGCCCCACGCCGCGGCCAAGCUGAGGGCCCUCUGCCCGCUCCGAGCUGCGCAGCAACCCUAGGCGUCCUGGGGGCUUCGGCCGAGUUCUCUGUCCCUGCUGGCUGAAGCUGCCUCCUCCCGCUCCUGCCUGUCUGCCGCAGGUGAGCAGGGCCCAGGCCUCCCCGGGGAGGGCUCCUCUCUGUCCUGAGAUGUGUUCCUUCUUCCCUCCCUCUUCCCACCCUCCGGGCUCAGCUUGCCUGGCUUGUUGGGGCUUGACCUCCUGCGUUGCUGCCAGCUCCCCAGUACCCCUGGUGGUGGCUGGCAAGAGGAUAUGGCCAGCGUCGGUGUUGGGCGGGCGGGCGCGGUGGACCUGAAUCACAGAGGGAAGACUUACACUGAGCGAAGUCAAACUGACAAUCCGGAACAUUCCAGAAGUAGCUGGGAGGGGCUGCCGGGGCGGCAGGUGCAGCGAGGCGUGCUGUUCUGGUGUUGAGGACAGCUCCCGCCGGGCAGGCCUGUGAGUCAUCCCGGUGGCUUCUUUGCAGGUGGCUUGCGUUUUUCUUGAAAGGGCAGCUGCGGCCUGGGGCUGGGACAGUUUGUGGCCUUAGGGAACCAGGCCUUUCGGGCCUCUGCUCCCAGGCCUGCCUGAGCUCGGGGGAGAGGGAAACACAGCAGGGAUGUGGGGGGAGGGCAAGGAGCUUUUGGGGGCUGCAGGAGCCUGGCCCUCCACGUAGAGUGGCUGCAGCACCGAUGGCCACAGGGUCAACAGCUGGCGCUCGAGUCCACUGGCCCGGCUUUCCUUCAGUCGCCAUGCUUCUCUUGUUCACUGGAGGAUAUUUAGUGAUUGCAGCUUGGGAGCCCUGGGGUCACCGUUGGGCCCUGUUUCCUGCCUCGUACUGCACCUGUAGAAGAGAGUGAUGUUUCCUGCCUCUUCUGUGCUUGGCGGUGUAGUCGCCAGCUCAGACGGUGCCUGGGAGACAGAGCCCUCGUAAGUAGGGGGGCCUGGAGAAGUCGGAGACAGUGAUGGGUGUCACCAAAACUCAGAGAAGUGCAAGCUGUGGGCACACCUGAUUAGGGGAGGUGAGGGGACGCAUCCCUCGCUGUCAUCAGAGGCCUGUGCUGGGUGUUUCCCAAGUGCAGGCUUCCCCGGGGGCUCCCUCCUCCCAGGUGCUGGGGACCCGGAGGGUAUCAGGUUUCCACCAAGGUGCUGGGGACCCGGAGGAUAUCAGGUUUCCACCGACUUAGAACAUUCCCUAGACUUCCCUGCUGAGCACCCCCGGCCUGCAAAGCCCGGAUCUGGCGUGGGCCUCACCUCGCUGGCCUGCAAAGCCGGGCUCUGGCGUGGGCCUCACCUCGCUGGCCAGUUUCAGCCUGCACUCUCCUGCAGCUUGCCCUUUCUUGCUUCGAAGCUCGUCAGCGGGCACAGCUGCCCUAACCCAGGAGUGCCUGGCGGGCCCUCCGGGCCACUGUUCACUGGGUAGAUAAGGGUUGUUCCUGGCACAGGAACAAGGACUUUUAAUUGGAAGAUAAUUUGCUCGCUUAAGUAUUUAAGCAAGUUUAUUCAGUCGCUACUGACACGGCUCGUUUUCUUACUUGGUGCCUCAGUUUGCUCAUCUGUAGAAUGGGGUAACAGCGUCUAUAUCUCAUAGGGUCACCGUAAGGAUGAAAUUGUUCAUUUAAAAUAGUUUUCACACUGCAAGGACAUAUAGCUAGGAGUCCGUUAAAGCUGGUUUAUAUUAUUUAUUUUUUAUUUUUUUUUUUUUUUGUUUUUGUUUUUGACAGGCAGAGUGGACAGUGAGAGAGAGAGAGACAGAGAGAAAGGUCUUCCUUUUGCCGUUGGUUCACCCUCCAAUGGCUGCCGCGGCUGGCGCGCUGCGGCCGGCGCACCGCGCUGAUCCGAUGGCAGGAGCCAGGAGCCAGGUGCUUUUCCUGGUCUCCCAUGGGGUGCAGGGCCCAAGCACCUGGGCCAUCCUCCACUGCACUCCCUGGCCACAGCAGAGGGCUGGCCUGGAAGAGGGGCAACCGGGACAGAAUCCGGCGCCCCGACCGGGACUAGAACCCGGUGUGCAGGCGCCGCUAGGCGGAGGAUUAGCCUAGUGAGCCGCGGCGCCGGCCUAUUAUUUAUUUUUGUUUAUGAAAGGCCAGUAAUUGCUCAGUGUUUCUGAGCACACUAGAGUUUUUUUUUUUUUUUUUUAAGAUUUUAUUUGCUUAUUUGAGAGCUAGAGUUACAGAGAGAAAUAGGGAGAGACAGAGAGAGAGGGCUUCCAUCCGAGGUUCACUCCUCAAAUGGCCGCUGCGGCCAGACCUGGGCUGAUCUGAAGCCAGGAGCUUCUUCCGGGUCUCCCACGCGGGUGCAGGGCCCCAAAGACUUGGUCCAUCUUCCACUGCUUUCCCAGGCCACAGCAGAGAACUGGAUGGGAAGGGGAACAGCUGGGACUCGAACCGGUGCCCAUAUGGGAUGCCAGCACUGCAGGUGGUGACUUUACCUGCUACACCACUGUGGCGGCCCCCAAUCUUAUCUUUUAAUUGCAUUUUCUACAAGCUGUUUGCUGUCUCCUCAUCUGGUGACGGAGUUGUGAUCCGUGCACCUGUCUUGUGACGAGAAUUUCCUCAGAUGGUGGCUUCAGGUCCCCAGGCUGGCUGUGUUUGUGCGCAGGCCGGGACCAGCAGCUGGGAAGCAACCAGGAGCCCCGAGCUUUGCACCCAGACAGAGGUAAAAUCGACGUUCCCCAGAAUAGUGACAUUUCCUGGAUAACCUAGUAGAUGUCUAAAAAAAUAAAGAAAACUUAAGUUUCAGCUUUUAGCUCCCAAAAAGGUAGACGAUGCUGAGGACUGUGAACCAGUGUUUACCAGAACCGUGAGUGGACUGACAGCAGGCUGACCCCGCCCGCUCCUGAUACCCUCCUGCGGGAGGGAGCGUGCAGAGUGCACCUGUAGAAAUCUGUCCUGCAAAGCCUCACACAUUCAUGGAGGUGCUCGGAGCUUUGUGGUUGUGUCCAUACGAGGCUGAACCUCUUGAAUGAGUCCAGCAAUUGGCUGGUAGUUACAGAGAAAAGAGGCAUUUGGCAGAUAAGUAUGGUUGGUGAAGCCGUCUGAGCUAGUGGCCAGCUGUGCCGGGGGACUGGGCGUGGUGUCCCUGUCUACUCCAUUUAGCUGUAAUGCAGAGAGAAGGGACCCCCUGUGCUUCGUGGGGCUCACGUCCCAGUGGCCUAGCACCUGAAGUGGGAGCCCCAUCGUCGUGCUGGCUCCUGAUGACACGGGGGGCUUCUCACUGCGUCAUCACUGGCAGAGGACAGCUUGUGUCAUUUGCAGGAGUGGUGGGGGCAGCACUGUGGCCUCCUCUAAUCCCAAUUCCCCGUGUGCAGAUGCCACCCCCUGGGGGUCAGGUUUGCACGUUGGAAUUUGGGGACGGGGACACAAUUCAGCCCAUGGCAAACGCCUUCCUGUGCCUGGCACCGCGCUCACCACCGGAAAUACACACAGGAGCUCUCAUCCUGGCAGACGGAAACCGACCAUUAAUGAGUAAGCGAGUAAGAACAGUCUGAUCAGUUGCAGACAUGGUGACUGCCGUGCAGAAUGAGCCGGGUGCCGAGAUAGCAGCUCACGGGUGAGAGGUGAGCAGGGCACAAGGGCCUUCUGCUGAUGGAGCAGUUAGUCUGAGACCCAGGAGUGAGAAGGCGCAGAGGUCAAUGAUUAGCCAGCAGAAGGGCACUCCAGGUGCAGGGGCCGGCCAGGGCAAAGGCCUGCAGUGGGCAGGGCCUGGCGCAGUCAGGGAGCAGUGCACAGCCGCCGAAGGUCAUGACUGCAGGGUGAGAGCCACACAGGAGCUUGUGCAGGUGGACAAGGUCCCGGUUAGCUGGAAUUCUGCCAGUGCAGUGACAGACAGUGAUAUCAGGGUGGCGUUGGUGCCGUGGCACCGGCUGUGAGUGAGGUAAACUCGGUUACUUCCAGUCCUGUAGAACGUGUGUGGAUGAUUCAGCUUCCUACGUCUACUCUGCCUACAGGGAUGGCCUUGCAAACCCCAACACCUCAGCCCCAGUGGUCAUUUAGGAAGAUGGGGGUUGGGAGGAUGGGGCCAAGUCCACUGUCGCCUGGGACAGGCUUUGUUCCUGUGUUGGUAAUGGAUUCUGGGAGCAUGGGACAUCUCUCUGAGCCCCGCUGGGGUAAGCAGCCAUGCACAGUGGGGUGACCAGCUAAGACCUGACACCCGUGGACGGGAAACCUGACCCUGCAGGGGGUACGUGCAGCGUGGCUGGCUGUAAGUGACCCUACAGGGUGUGCGUGCAGCAUUGCUUGGUUGUAUCUGACCCUGCAGUGUGUAUGUGCAGGGUGGCUGGCUGUAUGUGACCCUUCAGGGUAUAUGUGCAGCGUGGCUGGCUGUAUCUGACCCCGCAGGGUGUGUGUGCAGCGUGGCUGGCUGUAAGUGACCCUACAGGGUGUGCGUGCAGCAUGGCUGGGUGUAUCUGACCCUGCAGUGUGUGCAUGCAGUGUGGCUGGCUGUAUCUGAGGCUGCAGGGUGUGUGUGCAGUGUGGCUGGCUGUAUCUGACCCCGCAGGGUGUGUGUGCAGUGUGGCUGGCUGUAUCUGAGGCUGCAGGGUGUGUGUACAGCGUGGCUGGCUGUAUCUGAGGCUGCAGGGUGUGUGUGCAGCGUGGCUGGCUGUAUCUUGAGGCUGUAGGGUGUGUGUGCAGUGUGGCUGGAUGUAUCUGAGGCUGCAGGGUGUGUCUGCAGCAUCGCUUUGUUGUAUCUGACCCUGCAGGGUGUGUGCAGGGUGGCUGGCUGUAUCUGACCCUACAGGGUCACUGCAUGGUGACACGCACGCAUGCUGUACCCAAGCCAGCCUCAAACCAGCAGACCCAGGGUCUCCUUCCUUGUGCAGCACGGAAGAGCCCGUGGGGCACUCGUGGAGUGUCCUGGCCAGUUCAGCCCCUUCCCCAGCAUAUCUGCUGCGUGGGAGUAGAGCCCGAGACCGUCUUCCUGGGCGGAGAGCUCUGAGACCUGAGUGCUUUGGGGGGACAAGCAGCUUCUGACCCACGUGUCUGCAGUUUGGAGGGUGAGGUCCAGCGACUUGGAAGGACUUGGAGCUCCGCAUGGACAGUCUUUGAUUCGACCACUUGCUGAUAGAAAUCAUCGAACGUAGUACAGUCAUCUUAAGUGCUGACUGAAAAUAUGCAUUGUCGCUUUAGAGUCGGAGCUGAAGAAAUGCACAGUGGAAGGAGAGGGAGUGGUUGGACGUCUGUGAGAGCAAGACAGACUGGCUGGUUUGAGGGAUGGCGCGGAUGUGACCGCCAUUUACCUGCAUGCGUCACUCAGGGCCCUGGGGAGCGCGGCCUGAGGUGGUCAGGUCCUGGGGCCAGUUCUCAGGACCCUGAAUGGCCACCCAGGGAGGACACGGGGAGUUAGUGGAUACCGUUGUCAUUUUACUUCUGGAAAUAGGCCCUUCUGACUUUCUAAUCCUUACAACAAUCCAGAUUAUACUCUACAGCGGUUUCAGUACCUGUUGCUUAUAAUGCAGUAUAAUUAGAUUUAUUUUGUUUAUUUAUUAUUUAUAUUUUAUUAUUGAAUAUUUCCCCAAGCCUCCCUAAUAGGUGUGGUGGUCAUUUAAUGCAGUAUUUAAAAGCCAUAUGUUUUACCACACUUAGAAAGAGCCACAGACACUGACCGCCUCGGUGUCUGCAUCCCACGCGUGGUGAUGCCACAGACCCUUUGGGGCGGUGGUCUCAAUCCUGAGCCAGAGGAGGAAAAUGGGUGAGGGAGUGGCAGAAGGACGCAGUGAACAGUGUGUUCUGCCUGCUUGCCCCGCCCAGUGUUACUCACUGGACUUCACGUCAGGAGGGACGUCACAAGGGGACCGUGCACAUGGGAGUAGCAAAGGUCCAGGCCCCACGUCAGGCCAGAUGCGUUGCAGGGAGGGGUCAGUGACCCUGUCUGAUUCACAGCUGCUGAUUCUGUGUUUCCUUUCCUGGCUUCUCUGCCAAUCUGCCAUUCAUUCAUCUGUCUAUCUGUCUUUCUAUCUGUCUGUCCAGCCGUCCAUUAGUCCAUCCAUCCAUCAGUCCAUCUGUCAGUCAGUCCAUCCAUCCAUCUCUCCAUCUGUUCAUCCAUUUGUCCAUCCAUCUGUCCAUCCAUCAGUCCAUCUGUCAGUCUGUUCAUCCAUCCGUCCGUAUGUCUGUGCAUCUGUCCAUCCAUCCAUCUCUCUAUCUGUUCAUCAUCUAUCCAUCCAUCUCUCCAUCUGUCUAUACAUCAGUGCGUCCAUCCAUCAGUCCAUCUGUCAGUCCGUCCAUCCAUCAGUCUAUCUGUCAGUCUGUCCAUCCAUCUGUCCGUAUGUCUGUGCAUCCAUCUGUCCAGCCAUCUCUCCAUCUGUUCAUCAUCUAUCCAUCCAUCUCUCCAUCUGUCUGUAUAUCAGUCCGUCCAUCCAACUGUCCAUCCAUGCAUCUCAUUGAGUCCCACACCUCAUCCUAGGAUCCUUUCUUGACUUCUCUUGGUCUCAUUUUCAAGAAUACAGGAGAAUGGGCCACUAGCAGCUUCUUCUGGGAGUGGAACCAACGUGUUCACUUGGACUUGCUCCCCCAAACCCUGUCUGAAGGCACAGCCUGGCCCGCUCAGAACACCCUGGGCCAGACUCCUGCCAAGGGCCCUGCCUCAGGGCAGGGCCAGGAAGGGACUCCGCUUUGCUGAAGUUGAGCCAGAAUCACUGUGAAGCAGGAAAAGGGAGUUCAGCAGUGCUGUUGUCAUCUGGAGGAGGACUGUCCUGUGGAGACAUCCGCCUGCUGCACGCGGAGCUCAUGUGUGGCUGUCUCGGCGGGCCAAGCGCAGGCUGGUAGGUGCUGGGUGCAGAAUCAGUGGAGCCCUGGCUCUCAUUGCCGUGUCAGUGCUGUCAUGCAUGGGAAUGCUGUCUUAAAAGUGAGGCUCCAGGGACUCACUGCCUUAACUUGCUCCUGGCCCUGCCAUUCUUUGUUUACUGUGCCCGCCUCCCUACUGCCCUAAAGGCUCCCCUCUCUCGUCAGUUGGGAAGCUGUUGCUCUCCCAUGCUGCACAGUGCACGUGUCCCGUGCAGGCUCUGAGUGUGUGCAGUGCAGACAUCCUGUGAUCCUGUGCAACCCUGCAUUGCCCAAGCAUGUCAGACGGUGGGAUUCUUUUUUGUUUUGCUUUUCUUUUUUUAAAAAAAGAUUUGCUGAUUCAUUUGAAAGGCAGUAGGUGAGUAAGGGUGAAUGGGAGAGAGGGAGAUCCUCCAUCCGCUGGUACAUCCCUCAAGUGCCCACAGCUAACGGGCUGGGCCAGGCCAGAACCAGGAGCCUCAAACCGCUGCAAUAUGGAAAUGUCGUUGUCGCAGGUGGUGGCUUAACCGCCGUGCCGCAGCAGCAGCCCUGAGUAAAUACGAAUCAGCCACUCGUGGGACGUAUGAGGGCGUUGCUGAAGAAAUACCUCGCCGUGCUUAUGUAUGCUCAUUAUUAUUUUUUACAGAUUUUUUUUAUUUAUUUGAAAGAUAGAGACAGAGGUCUUCCAUCUUCCAGUUCACUUCCCAGAUGGCUGCAAUGGCUGGAGCUGCGCCAGUCUGAAGCCAGGAGCCAGGAGCUUCUUCCCGGUCUCCCACGUGGGUGCAGGGACCCAAGCACUUGGGCCAUCAUCCACUGCUUUCCCAGGUCAUAGCAGGAAGCUGGAUUGGAAGAGGAGCAGCCGAGACUAGAACCGGCGCCCAUAUGGGGAGCCGGCACUUCAGGCCAGGGCGUUAACCCACAGCGCCAGCCCUGUGCUCGUUAUUUUCAAAAGUGCUCUUUGCUGAACGGCAGAAUCUCUGUGUUGCUUGCUAUUCUGGGUUUGGAUUAAUUUGCAAGUUACACGGAGCCUGCCAGCAUCCGAACCAAGGAUGCAGCUUUUCCACUCCUUGAGUCACCCUACAGUGAUUAGGCACUUACUGUAUGCCAGGGCUACAAGGGGAUCGGGACGGCCCGACGUGGGCAGAGGCCUCUGCAGCCACAAGUCCACGUGCAGCCCGGGAACUGCGGCCAAAGGCGAGCAGCCGCAGUAGCGCCCCUGAGGGCUCCGGCGCGUUCCUGGCGAGAGUGGCGGCUGGCCAAGGAAGGGCUGCCCGAGGUGCGUCUCAGUCUGUAACGCCGCGUAGCAGCCACAUGCGUGACCGGCGCUCAGUAACUGUCCAGCAAGUGAUGAGGCGCGGGGAGCUUCGCUGACGGGUGUUUCGGGGGACCCCUGUGUCAGUGUGUGCCUCGGCAGAGUGGGGUCCCACAGGGUCAGACCAGGGCGCUUGCAAGGCCGCUCUUACAUUCCUUGGCCAGUCAACUACGGAGUUACGCCUGCGCUUCCCUGGGGAUCGUCCCCAAACUGGCCGGCAGCGGCCCGCUACGAUUUGUCUACAAGGCCGCUUAGAGGUCUCCUGGCUCCCUCAGGCGUGCUCCCACUUGUGGGACUGUGAAUUUGAGAAGAUGAGGUAAACACAUAUGCAGGUCAAGAACCUGCAUAUACACACAGAUAAAACACUCACCAUGACACAGCCAGACGGCACUACAGUGUCACACACAUACACCAUGACACAGCGUACAUAGCACAUGUAGUGUUACAUACCACAGCAUGACAGCAUACACAGCACAGUGUUACACACUCACACCAUGACGCAGCACACGCAGCGUUACACACUUAUACCAUGGAACAGCAUAUACAGCAUGUACAGUGUUACACACACUGAAACAGCACACAUGGCACACACAGUAUAGUGCUACACACUCAUACCAUGACACAGCAUACACGGCACAUACAGUGCUGCACACACACACAUACGCACACCCCAUGACACAGCAUACAUGACCUGUACAGUGUUACACACACACACACAUCAUGACGUAGCAUAGACAGCAUGUGCAGUGCUGCACACUCACACCAUGACACAGCAGACACAGCAAUGCAGUGUUACGCCAUGAAACAACAUACACAGUAUGUGCAGUACUACACACUCGCACACCCACCCCAAGACACGGCAUACGUGGCAUGUUCUGUAUUACACACUCACACUGUGACACAGCAUACACAGCACAAUGUCACUCAAACCAUGACACAGUCUACACAGCACGUACAGUGCUGCACACACACACACACACACACACACACACACCGUGACACAGCAUACACAACACCUAUGGUGCUACACACAACAUGACACAGCAUACACAGAACACACAUACUGUGACACAGCAUACAUGGCACAUGCACUAUUACAUACACCAUGACACAGUAUACACAGCACAUACAGUGCUACACAUACACAUACACACACCCCAUAAAAUAGCAUACAUGGCAUGUGCAGUGCCUUACACACUCUGAUACAGCAUAUGUGGCACGUGUAGUGCUACACGCACCAUGACACAGCAUACACGUCAUGUACAGUGUUGCACACUCACACCGUGACUCAGCAUACACGGCACAUAUAGUACUACAUACUUACACUGUGAUACACCGUGACACAGCACACGCACUAUUCCAUACACGCACCAUGACACAGCAUACACGUCAUGUACAGGUUACACACUCACACCGUGACUCAGCAUACACGGCACAUAUAGUACUACAUACUUACACUGUGAUACACCGUGACACAGCACAUGCACUAUUCCAUACAUACACCACGACACAGCGUACACACAUGUACAGCAUUACACACUCACACCGUGACUCAGCAUACACGGCACAUAUAGUGCUACAUACUUACACUGUGAUACACCGUGACACAGCACAUGCACUAUUCCAUACACGCACCAUGACACAGCAUACACGCAUGUACAGGUUACACACUCACACUGUGACUCAGCAUACACGGCACAUAUAGUACUACAUACUUACACUGUGAUACACCAUGACACAGCACAUGCACUAUUCCAUACAUGCACCAUGACACAGCAUACACGCAUGUACAGUGUUGCACACUCACACCGUGACUCAGCAUACACGGCACAUAUAGUACUACAUACUUACACUGUGAUACACCAUGACACAGCACAUGCACUAUUCCAUACAUACACCACGACACAGCGUACACACAUGUACAGCAUUACACACU